GGGGUGUCCGCCGUGUGUGCCGCUAGGCUGUGUCUCGAGGUCAUCGGUAGGCCGCGGCGGUUUUCUUUCCAUCGGUGUCUCCCUACUGUUCUGCUGCUGCGUCGGCCUCGUCGUCGUCGCGUCCGGUGCGAUGCCGAUCCGGUUUUAAUGGUGGCAGCAGUAGCCGCGUCGACGGUGUGUGAGUGCGUUCUCGACUGUGCGUGCGAACCAUUUAUCACCCAGCGCUAGUGACGCUCGUGGGUAAAAUUGAACACGGCAAGCAUGAAUUGAAAAUCUCGACGACAAGACGACGACGCCGCCGUCGCCGCUGCCGCUGCCGCCGUGUGCGAAAAAGUUGUGUGCUGUUGGCGGUGGCCUGUGCCUGGUAUCGGUUGCCAGAAAUUAAAGGUGAAGUGAGCCUCUUUCUCACCCCUGGCGCUGUGUGGUGUUUCCGGAACAACGUUGAAGCAUCGCAGAGAGGAAGCAGAGUAGGAGUGAAUUAAACCAGCAAAUGUAUAUGGUGUUUUAUUUCAAUAUUCGUCCAAAGUGUGCUCAAGAACUUGCGUGGGCUACUACUGUAUGAUCGGUAGAAAGGUAAAACAGCAACAUAUAAAAUAAACUGUGCAUGUGUGUUUGUGUGAGUGCGGGAAAACAGUGUGAAGAAGUAGUGUGAGAGUGUGAAAACCACGUGCACGCUGUGGCGUAUACUAAUUUCCAGCUACUUGGAGCUUCACAUCAAGAACUGCCAGAAAUUUGCAAGUCUUGGUUUGUGUGUUGAGUGCUGUGCGGAAUCUUAAAUAGCAACGUGCGCCUAGUGUGAGGGUGUUGGAACAAUAAAAUUACACAGGAAUUAGGUCCUGUGUUGGCGUGAGCGUGUGUGCUGCGUGCGGCUGAACUGAUCGGGACAGAAGGAAGGAGCAGGAGCCGGACGUUGAUCGGCGAUUCUUGGCGAGCUCGGAACACGGAAGUGAAAAACAGACGCACAAACCGAGCCGAACGUUUGGCCGGGAAGAGCGUUGGUUGGAACAACAAUGAUGCCGAAACGAUCACGUCUGGGUGACGUCCGCGGGCCAAUUUCCAACGGACCGAUGCAAUCGCGCCCGCUGGUCGCUCUUCUCGAUGGGCGCGACUGCUCGAUCGAGAUGCCCAUACUGAAGGAUGUGGCCACGGUUGCAUUCUGCGAUGCACAGAGCACAUCAGAGAUUCAUGAAAAAGUAUUAAACGAAGCCGUAGGCGCACUGAUGUGGCACACAAUCAUUCUGACGAAGGAGGAUCUGGAAAAGUUCAAAGCCCUCCGGAUAAUCGUCCGGAUUGGAAGCGGAGUAGAUAACAUUGACGUGAAGGCGGCCGGCGAGCUCGGUAUCGCCGUCUGCAAUGUGCCCGGCUAUGGCGUCGAGGAGGUUGCCGACACGACCAUGUGCUUGAUCCUGAACCUGUACCGGCGGACUUACUGGUUGGCAAACAUGGUGCGAGAAGGCAAGAAAUUUACUGGCCCGGAACAGGUGCGAGAUGCAGCGCAGGGAUGUGCCAGAAUACGCGGUGACACACUUGGGUUGGUCGGACUGGGACGCAUUGGCAGUGCGGUUGCGCUGCGAGCAAAAGUAUUCGGCUUCAAUGUGAGCUUCUACGAUCCGUACCUGCCCGAUGGAAUCGAGAAAUCGCUCGGACUCAACCGCGUCUACACCCUGCAGGAACUGCUGUUCCACUCCGAUUGCGUCUCGUUGCACUGUACAUUAAACGAGCAUAAUCAUCAUCUUAUCAAUGAGUUUACGAUUAAACAGAUGAGACCCGGUGCAUUCCUGGUAAAUACGGCACGCGGUGGCCUGGUGGAUGACGAGGCGCUUGCCGUCGCACUGAAGCAGGGUCGCAUCCGGGCGGCAGCACUAGACGUUCAUGAGAAUGAGCCAUACAAUGUAUUUCAGGGUGCCCUGAAAGAUGCCCCUAACCUGCUCUGCACGCCACACGCUGCCUUCUACAGCGAAGCGGCCACGACGGAACUGCGCGAGAUGGCGGCGAGCGAAAUCCGACGGGCAAUCAUUGGCAAUAUACCGGAGUGUCUCCGGAACUGUGUGAACAAGGAGUACUUCCUGCGUUCCUCGACGGGCGGUGGUGCCGGCGGAUACUCAGAAGCUGGUAUAAAUGGCGGCUAUUAUUCAGGUGGAUUACAGCAAGCCCAUAGUACAACACCGCUCGAGGCACCACACAGUGCAGGAUCGCAUGCGCCACCCAGCGGCGGCGGUCCCCCGCCACCGCCCGUUGCCGUAAUACCGCCUGUUUCCGCUGUUACAGCGCCACCACCACAAGCCUCUUAGUGCCCCAGAUCCAAGUAAUCAUCAUUCGGUUAAGCCGGAACCAUCAGAAGUACAUUAGUUUUUAUCAUAAUGAAAAUAAUAUUAAAUAUAAAUAUGUACGCUGCUACUAUCUUUACAAUUGUAACAACAAGAAGCAAAACGUAAAAGAAAAGAAAAAAGAAAUUUACCCUAAAACCCAUGUUGUACACAGUUACAUACCACCAAGAGGCAAGAGAAAUAGAGGGACAGAAAUAGGCGUACACAAACAAAAACAACAACAACAACAAAACACUGGCACUCCGCAAUUUCACUAGAAGUCCCCAAAAUAUGGCAGAUUAUAUAUGUAAAACAAACGCAGAGAAGAAGAGGAAACACGUGACGACUACCCCCUUUGUAAUCAGCUGUAGAAAAACGCAUAAGAAUUAUAAAACAUAAAUAUAUAUAUAAUGAAUUCUUAGACCGACAGAACCUAAUGCAAAGCAGAGAAGGAUAAAAAGGGUAGAGUGCAAACUUCAAUCCAAUAAAAUACAAUAAAAAUACACACAGAAGAUACGCAAACAAAUAAAGGAACACGAAACAACAGAUACAUCAUCAUGCAGCAAGUUAAAAAAGGAUCAUAAAUUGAAUAAUGGUCGGGUGUGUGUGUGUGUGUAGGUGCAUGCGAAGGUGUAUUAAUUUACUUUCUUUUAUUUGACAAAACAAAAUGUGAAGUAUAAUUCUUAUAAAUAAAGCAAGCGGUUGAGAUAUAAAGUACUAAAUGAAAACGUUGAAAAUAAGGAAAAAAGCAAGCACUAGUUAUGGUAUGUAAGGAAGGAUUUUAUUUUUUAUUGUUUAAUGUGCUUUUUUGUCCUUGACAAAAACAGAAAAUGUGAAAGGUGAAAUACAAUGUGUACGAAAAAUUAGAAUAAAUUAAGAGUAGAAAAGAUGGAACAUGCUAUUAAACAAACUACUAACUAGCCUGCAGAUUUUUACACAAACCAACACAAACAUCAACACUAAUAGGGCCCGUAUAGCAACAUCUUUUUCUCCUUUCCACGAAGAAGGAAGAAAGCAUAGCACAGGAAGAGUCCCUAAAUAUCGCUCCCCAAUCACCCCUCCCCUCCUUAAUCACAAACCCCAAGAGCCAAUACACAACACGAGCAUCCAUAUAUACAGUCACAUAAAUACACAGUUAAAAGUAAAACAACACACUCACACCAAACACACUUAAACAUGUGCAUAUACACAUUCGGAGGUAGGUAAGGUAUGAAUUAUGGGAAAAGCGAGAAUUAAUGUGUAAUUGAUAAUAAUAAUUGAUAAUAAUUAUAAAAGAGGAGAUGCACACUUGCUGUAACACUGUAAAUGCACAUCAGUGCAAAAGGCGCGAUGAGGCAAGAAGAGCAUAAAUGAGAUCACAGGAAAACAAAAGAGGAAAAAACACAAGAGUGCAAAUGCAUUGCAAAACCAGGUGACAGAUUGGUGUUGCAGCAAAGCAUUAUAAACAACAUGAGGUUUAAAAUAAUUACGAUGGGUUUUUGCUUUGCCCUUCAAUAAUUGUGUAAUAAUCUGUCACUUGUUGUUAAAUACUUGAAUGGAACAGAUAGAAGCAAGAAGGACAAUGCUUAGUUAAUCACAUUCAUAUGUUUGACACACAUACACACAUUGGUCUAACAACAAUAGACGGUAAAAGCACCAACAACUAUUUUCUAGCGGUUAAAAUAAUCAGUGCGCCCUCCACCCUUACUCGAAGAUCAAUGAGUUAAAGAAGAGAGCGACACGUCUGAUAUACAAACAAAUAAGUUAGAAUGAUUGUAAAUGAGUGAGGUGCGUGCCGUAGUGUGAAACAGGUUGAAAUGAUAAGCUUUGUAUGAAAUGAAUAGAAGGAUGAUCAUGUGAGAGAAGCUGCGAAACAUGUCUAAUUGUUGUCUGCGCAUGCAAGUGACUAUCGCGAUCGAUAGAGCCUCGUCCUUAUUGUGUCAUCGUCUUGAUCGUGACAAGGUAGAUAAAUCAUGCAAGCAAACCAUGGGACAAAGCUGAAACAAAUGUCCCUUCCGACAUCAUUCGUAAUUGUUAACAACAGGAGAAAACACACAAACAAACAUGUUGUGGCAUGAAGAAAGAGGACAUAAUGUGAUGUGGUGUUAUGCCCAGCAACGUACUCCUUCUAUGUUUCCCUUUCGUGCAUAUGCGUUUCUGGCGUAGAGAAGCAAAAGGGGUGCAAAAAAUGUGUAAUUUUUGGUUCCACGUUUGCAAUAAUCGAGUGCCGCUAAAUUCCAUUAUGAAUGAUAAAGUGUGUUGUGUCCGUUCGCGUGGAUGAACCCUGACCGUAACACUCACACACUGCUUUUGCACAGACACUAUUAUUUAGUAGAAACUCUUUGUUUACGUACGUCUGGCCUUAGAACAAAACUAAACGUGUUUUUCUGUUUGUCCUUUCCCUGCGAAGGUGUGUGGGGAGGGAGCAGUUAGUGUUUAGAAGCAGAGGGGUAAAAAAGAAAACAUACAAAACCAUAGCAAUCGGGUGAUUUGUGUAAUAAACCCACAGAUACAAUAAGCAGCAGCAUCAGAAGCGUUAGGAAACAACAGAAAAAGGCGAACACACCAAAACCAGUACACAUAAACAGCAAAAUAGUUGCAGAAAAAAACACACACAAACAAUAUGCUUCUUUUUAAUUUGUUUUUAAUUUUCAAUAAGUUUUCGGAUCAGAAUAAUACACAGCGGCUUCAUUUGUCAAAAACAAAAAAAAAAAACAAUAAAAGUAAUUCUUGACGAACACGUGCUAUGUGUGAAAUCUGGUGGACUUUUCUUUCUGUUUACGGCAACGAGAAAGAGAAAGUGAAAUCUCGGGAAAGCGAGAGAAACAGAAGAUGCGGAGAUAACUGUGAAUACAGAGAUGGUUGCAAAUCGGACCGUUAUCCUGCUUGCUCUCCUUACGACCGAGCUGAGGGGAGGAUGAUGAACACUAACGGAAGGCAUCUCUUAACGUCAUCAUGAUUAUCAGCGGGUUGGAUGGAAGGAAAAGGAAUGCUGGACCACAUAUUAGGAGGAACGGAUUAUGAUGCAACGGUGGUGCAGUGGUAUGCUGUCAUUGGGAAACGACUAUUGCCGUGAUUGAGCUGCAUUUUUUUGCCUUGUACACGUUUACCCAUUCGAGCACUAAUUACUAAUUGAAAUGGCUGCAAAACUGUUAGCGGGAACUACAUGAUUCGAUUAAUGAAAGAUAUAACAAAAAACAGGAAUUACAAACAAGCAAUCUCAAUUGCAAACAAAAACAAAAA